AUGGACAAUAAGGACUUUGAAGUCACAGCACCACCAACGGAUGGUGUAUCCUGCUUAGCAUUCUCACCCACAGCUGAUAUAUUAGCUGUUGGCAGCUGGGAUAAUAAUGUUAGAAUAUAUGAAGUACAGCCAACUGGACAGACAAUACCUAAAUUUAUGUAUUCGCAUGAGCAACCCGUUCUCUCCUUAUGCUGGACCAAGGAUGGUGGUAAAUUAAUCUCAGCUGGUGCGGAUAAUGCAGCUAGAAUGUUUGAUUUGUCAAACCCACAAAAUGGACAGUCAUCACAAGUUGCACAACACGACAAACCAAUCAAAUGCGUUAGAUGGAUAGAAACUCCUACGGGUGGUAUCCUAGCAACUGGUUCUUGGGAUAAAACCAUAAAGUACUGGUCAUUGGGAAAUCCUACCCCAGUUGGCACUGUACAACUCCCAGAAAGACUCUACUCUAUGGACGUCGUAUAUCCACUUCUGGUAGCUGCUACUGCUGAACGCAGAAUCGUCAUUAUCAAUCUCAGUCAACCAACGACAAUAUUUAGAGAACUUGAAAGUCCACUUAAAUGGCAGACUAGAGUGAUUUCCUGUUUCCCAUCCGGUGAUGGUUAUGCAGUUGGUUCUAUUGAAGGAAGAGUAGCUAUACAAUAUGUGAAUGAAAAAGAUCAUGCCCAGAACUUUUCAUACAAAUGUCACAGAUCUAAAGACGGUAAAGAGAUUUACCCAGUAAACGAUAUCACAUUCCACCAACAACAUGGUACAUACUCAACUUGUGGAUCCGAUGGUUCUAUAUCAUUCUGGGAUAAAGAUUCAAAGACAAGACUGAAAAAUCUCGAAAUAAACCAAGGACCAAUUCCAUGCACGGCAUUCAACGCAGCAGGUACAAUUUUUGCAUAUGCACUCUCAUAUGAUUGGUCUAAAGGAUUCUCAAAGCAACCACCACAACCAUUGGUUAAGAUUAUGCUACAUGCUACCAAUGACGAAGAAGUAAAGCGUCGCCCACCAAAGAAAUAAACUUAUUAUUAAUUUAUGCCUACGUUUAAAGUGUCUCCAAAAUAUAGUUAAUAUAAAUAUCUGAAAAUAGG